AUGAGCUACUGUUACGGCAACUACUAUGGUGGCCUUGGCUAUGGCCUUGGUGGCUUCGGUGGUCUGGGCUAUGGCUAUGGUACCAGCUAUGGCCUUGGGGGUCAUGGGGGUUAUGGCUACUUCCAUCCCUCUUUCUAUGGCAGAUACUUGUCCUCUGGCUUUUACUGA